UUUCCCAUUGGCACCGGCGAUCGGUUUGCUCACGGGUGUGUCAAACCGGUUGGACUAGGUGUCAAGGACCGUGAACUCGAAUCCGUUUUGAAUGUCAAGGAAAUCACCUCCGCCCUAAAGGGGCUGAAGAAGGGUUAUCCCCGCCAAGUUCAGCUCUUCGAGCCUCCCUUCAAAACAUUUGAGGGUAGAAAGAUCCACGGCGCCGUGGUGGGCGACAAUCCUAGGGUGUUCAUCAUGAGCGGCAUCCAUGCGCGGGAGCGCGGUGGUCCGGACAACGUCAUCUACUUCCUCGCCGACCUCCUCGCUGCACGCAAAGCUCGCUCAGGGCUUUCAUACGGCGGCAAGAACUACACCGCUGAGGAUGUCAAGACAGCUCUAUCCGCGGGCAUCGUCGUUCUUCCGCUGACGAACCCCGACGGUGUGGCGUACGACCAAACCACAGAUACAUGCUGGCGCAAGAACCGCAAUACGGAAUCAUCUUCAGGAGCCGCAGACGGAAGUGACGUGGGAGUCGACCUGAACCGCAACUACGACUUCGUCUGGGAUUACAAAACGGCCUUCAACCUCAACGCUUCGGACUCGCCCGCGUCAGACGACCCAUCAAGCGAGGUCUUCUAUGGCACGGGUCCCGCUUCCGAACCUGAGACUGAAGCUGUAGUAUGGACCCUCGACCAGUACCAGAACAUUACUUGGUUCAUGGACCUGCACUCGUACACCGGAAGCAUCCUUUACUCUUGGGGCGAUGAUGAUGCCGGUCAUGAAGAGCCGGAGCAGAACUUCGUUAACCCUGCUUUUGACGGCAAGCGCGGCUAUGUGGGAGAAGAUCCACCUGAUAGCGUCUACAAGGAGUACUUUACCGCUGAGGACCUCAAGACGGAGGAGGAUGUCACGUCUGUCAUGGUCAAGGCCAUGCUGGCUGCAGGCUCUGUCCCUUAUGACGCGUACCCGGCCGUCGGUUUAUACCCGACAUCUGGGGCGAGCAACGACUACGCGAUGGGACGAUACUACGGCAAGCUGGCGUGCGGCUCGAGUCGUAUGUUCGGUCUGACCAUGGAGUUUGGUGCUGGGAGUAGCUCAGAUCCAACCUGCCCGUUCUAUCCUGAUGCGGCCGAGUACCACGACAAUGUCCGGCAGGUUGGAGCUGGGUUUAUGGAGAUGAUGUUGCUUGCAGCU